GAGGUUUACAAAGCCAAAGCCUGCCAUUGCAGUUUACUGGAUCUACCGACCAAGUGAUGCCUACUCUUCCCAACUUUUCACCCACCACUUAGCGAGGAAACGAGACAACAAGGCGGUUGUUAUUGGCUCAUUUCAACUUGUGUGUCUUUCAUGACUCGCCGUGAACCUGGAGUAACGUCUCAGCUCCUGACGAUAAGAUAAUGAACUUUGGACUUUCCACACGCCUUUCCGUGUCAUGUUUCCCGUCGUCCUGGAUAGAAUAAAAUAACAACGCAGCCCGGCGUGGCGGCAGCUGGGCGAAAUUCAACAGGAAAAUAAACAGCGCACACUUCAUCCGGGUGAUAAAUAAGAAGAAGGAAAAAAAGAAACUUUAAACUUGCCACUUUUGAAGCGGAGCAGGAGUGAAACAUGUCUGCCAAAGCUUCAAACAAGAGUGCCGCGAUGGAGGAAACCGUCAUAUGGGAACAGCAUACAGUGACCCUUCACAGGGCCCCAGGGUUUGGCUUUGGCAUUGCCAUCUCAGGUGGGCGGGACAACCCACAUUUCCAGAGUGGAGAGACAUCCAUAGUGAUCUCUGAUGUGUUGAAAGGAGGACCUGCAGAGGGCCUGCUACAAGAAAAUGACCGUGUGGUGAUGGUCAAUGCUGUCUCUAUGGACAAUGUAGAGCAUGCAUAUGCUGUACAGCAGCUCCGCAAGAGUGGCAAAAAUGCAAAGAUAACUAUUCGCAGGAAAAGGAAAGUGCAGAUCCCUGUCUCCCGGCCAGGGGACAGGGAGACUAUGUCAGAGCACGAGGAAGAGGACAGUGAUGAAGACGAUGGCUAUGAACAGCACAGCGGCCGCAGUGGCCCAAGUGCCUAUGGCGGAGCGAGUGGAGGCACAGGCACCGGAAGGCGUCAUGAGCGUGAGCGCAGCAACAGCGGCAGGCGGGAUCACAGUGCCUCGCGGGAGAGAAGCAUCUCACCGCGCUCCGAUCGCCGCUCACAAGCCUCCUCUGCCCCACCCAGGCCUGCUAAAGUCACCCUUGUCAAAUCCCGCAAGAAUGAAGAGUACGGGCUGCGGUUGGCUAGCCACAUCUUUGUGAAGGACAUCUCCCCUGAGAGCCUUGCCGCCAGGGAUGGAAACAUCCAGGAGGGAGACGUUGUACUCAAGAUCAAUGGCACAGUUACAGAGAACCUAUCGCUGAUAGAUGCUAAGAAACUGAUUGAGAGGUCAAAGGGCAAGUUGAAGAUGGUGGUGCAGAGAGAUGAGCGAGCGACACUGCUGAACAUUCCUGACCUGGAUGACAGCAUCCCCUCCGCCAACAACUCAGACAGAGAUGACAUUUCAGAAAUACAUUCGCUGACAUCAGAUCAUUCCAAUCGAUCCCAUGGGCGAGGCAGUCGAUCACGUUCGCCUGACAGGCCCGAGCAGUCGGACCAUCUCCGUCACUCGCCACGCCAGAUCAGUAAUGGCAGUUGGAGACUACAGAAGAAGGCAGGUUCACUCUUGCACAGAUUACUCCCAAUCCAUAGAAGUCGGGAUGAGGAUCGCCUGUCCAAGCCAGGGGCCAUGUCCACACCAGUCAGAGGCUCUGAUGAUGGCGUGCUGUCACAGGCCAGUGACCAGGCCAGCUCCAGAGAUGACAAGCAGUUACCCCCACUGCCUGAACCAAAGCCAGUUUAUGCCCAGCCUGGCCAGCCUGACGUGGACCUCCCAGUCAGCCCCUCUGAUGCCCCUGUGCCCAGCGCUGCUCAUGAUGACGGCAUCCUCAGGCCGAGUAUGAAGCUGGUGAAGUUUAAGAAGGGAGAGAGCGUCGGCCUCCGGCUGGCAGGAGGAAACGAUGUGGGCAUUUUUGUGGCAGGAGUUUUGGAGGACAGCCCUGCAGCCAAGGAGGGACUAGAGGAAGGAGACCAGAUUCUCAGGGUGAACAAUGUGGACUUCGCGAACAUCAUUCGGGAGGAGGCUGUGCUGUUCCUGCUUGAUCUGCCCAGAGGAGAGGAGGUUACCAUCCUGGCGCAGAAAAAGAAGGAUGUGUACCGGAGGAUAGUGGAAUCAGACGUGGGCGACUCCUUCUACAUUCGGACUCAUUUCGAAUAUGAAAAAGAGUCACCGUACGGGCUGAGUUUUAACAAGGGCGAGGUCUUCCGAGUGGUAGACACACUAUACAAUGGCAAACUGGGCUCCUGGUUGGCAAUCCGCAUUGGGAAGAACCAUCAGGAGGUGGAGAGGGGCAUCAUCCCGAACAAGAACAGAGCUGAGCAGCUGUCCAGUGUGCAGUACACCCUCCCCAAAACACCAGGGGGCGACAGGGCGGACUUCUGGAGGUUCCGCGGCUUGCGCAGCUCCAAGAGGAACUUACGGAAGAGCAGAGAGGACCUGUCGGCCCAGCCAGUCCAGACCAAGUUCCCUGCAUAUGAGAGGGUGGUGCUGAGGGAAGCUGGGUUCCUGAGGCCUGUGGUCAUCUUCGGGCCAAUAGCAGACGUGGCAAGAGAGAAACUGGCCAGGGAGGAGCCUGACAUUUUUGAACUAGCAAAAACACAGCAGCAACAAGGAGGGGAAAAGAGUGAACCCAGAGAUGCAGGAACCGACCAGAAAAGCUCCGGCAUCAUACGCCUGCACACCAUCAAACAGAUCAUUGACCGCGACAAGCAUGCAGUGCUGGACAUCACCCCGAACGCAGUGGACCGUCUGAACUACGCCCAGUGGUAUCCGAUUGUAGUCUUCCUCAAUCCGGACACCAAGCAAGGUGUCAAGAACAUGAGGACCCGCCUCUGUCCCGAGUCCAGGAAGAGCGCCAGGAAGCUCUACGAACGAGCCCUCAAACUGAGGAAGAACAACCACCAUCUCUUCACCACAACUAUCAACAUGAACAGCAUGAACGAUGGUUGGUAUGGAGCGCUUAAGGAGAUCAUCCAGCAGCAGCAGAAUCAACUGGUGUGGGUUUCAGAGGGCAAGGCUGAUGGUGCUCCUGAGGACGACUUGGACAUCCAUGACGACCGGCUGUCCUACCUGUCGGCGCCAGGCAGUGAGUACUCCAUGUACAGCACAGAUAGCCGCCACACUUCGGACUACGAGGACACAGACACAGAAGGUGGCGCUUACACGGACCAGGAGCUGGACGAGACGCUGAAUGACGACGUGGGUCCGCCCUCGGAGCCUGCCAUCACACGCUCAUCUGAGCCUGUUCGUGAGGACCCGCCUGUCAUCCAGGAGCCCCCCGGCUACGCUGGCUACCAGCACACGGUGCAGCCAGACCCCCUGAAUCGCAUCGACCCGGCUGGGUUCAAGGCGCCGGUGCCGCAGCAGAAAGCAGAGGCCGCUGCCAUCCCUAGCAUCCCCCAGCAGCCUGAGCCCCUGGCUGAGACAGCGCCCCCUGCUGUCGACGUCACUGUAAACACUGUAGGGGGUUUGAGCCCUGAGGAGGCUCCUGCAGCUCCCCACAGCCAGCCAAGCCCCAGCCCCAGCCCUGAGGCUGGCUCACUUAGGAGGCCUACCCCUGAGCUAGCCCCUCAGAGCGUCACACCUGAACCUCUACAGUCUGGACUGCCCAGUUCAGAGCCAAAGAUGUUUCAGAAGGAUCCCUACAGCACAGACAACGCAGGGAGAAUUGGCCAUGGCAUGAAGCCUGUGACGUACGACCCCCAGCAGACGUACCACCCCGACCAACAGCCAUACAGAGAUUACGACCACCCACCCAGUCGCUACGAUGUCAGCAGCAGCAGUGUCAACAGCGGAGGUGGUUACGUAGAACCAAAGUACCGCAACUACGACUCUCACCUGCCAUAUGAGAACAGCGUGCCUCACUACGACCAGCAGCAGUGGAACCCCUACAAUCAGCCUCCACCUACUGCCGCUCCCCAGGGCUACGACCCUCGCCUGCCCUAUGGAGAUGUCCCCGACCGCCAGUACAGCCCUCCUCAACGCUUUGAUGAACCGCCACCCCAGCCAGGUUUUGAUGGACGGCCUCGCUACGGUAAACCAGCAGGUCCAGGGCCCGUUCGUUAUGACGAGCCCCCUCCUCCUGGUCCGGGGUACGAUCUGCGGCCACGCUACGACCAGGAGUCUCACCCGGCUGCCUACCCCACGGCCGCCCGCUCCCCGGACCCUGCGGCCCAGCGGCCCGCCUACAACCAGGCACCACCUGCGCAGCACAGAGGCUACAAACCCCAGCAGUAUGACACCCCUCCUGUGAACUCUGAGCCCAGCCCCACACCCCCUCCCAAAGCUGAAGCCCCCUCACCCGCCCCCAGCGACACUCCCAAGGCUCUCCCAGCUCCGCCCAGAGAGGAGCCACCCGAGGACGACCCAGCCAUGAAGCCCCAGUCGGUCCUGACGCGGGUCAAGAUGUUCGAGAACAAGCGCUCUGUGUCCGUCGACCGAGCCAGAGAGGCCGGGGAUGCUUCUGGGAGCAGGGCAGCUGAUUUGCCUGUGAAGCCAGGUGGAGGAAUCCCCAAAGCUAACUCUCUGAGCAAUUUGGACCAGGAGAAGUCUUUCAGGGCCCCAGAGCCUCAGAAGCCUCAGUCCAAGGUAGCCGAUGACAUUGUGCGCGCCAACCAUUACGAUCCCGAUGAGGAUGAGGAGUACUACCGGAAACAGCUGUCUUACUUUGACAAGCUCCAGUCUGGCCCCAACAAACCACAGCCACAAGCACAGUCCAGCUACAGCUACCCAAGGACGGAGUCAGUGGAGAAAGUAAGUCCAGUGGAGAAGAGAUAUGAACCAGUUCCCCAGGUGACCCCUUCUUUCCCACCAGCUACACUGCCCAAACCCACGUCACCUGAAGCCAAGCCUCCAGCCCGUGAGGACACUGUCCAGACCAACUUCCUGCCUCACAAGAGUUUCCCUGAGAAGUCUCCGGUUAACGGCACCAGCGAGCAGCCUCCCAAGACAGUCAGCGGUACUGGGGCCCCGCCAGCCUCCAGCUACAACCGCUACGUCCCCAAGCCCUACACCACCUCUGCCAGGCCUUUCGAGCGCAAGUUUGACAGUCCUAAAUUCAACCACAACCUGCUGCCCAAUGAUAAGACGGAGUUGGCGCCAAAGGGCCCAAGCUCCAGCCCAGUGAAGCCCCAGAUCCCCCCACAGGCCCAGAGCACAGAUCCAGACAGUGGCCUGGAUACUUUCACUCGCACUAUGGACCACCGCUCUAAAUACCAGCACAACAACAUCAACGCGGUGCCCAAAGCCAUCCCUGUGAGUCCCAGUGCCCUGGACGAUGACGACGAUGACGAAGGCCACACAGUGGUGGCUACAGCACGAGGGAUCUUCAACUGUAAUGGUGGCGUGCUGAGCUCCAUCGAGACGGGUGUCAGCAUUAUUAUCCCACAGGGUGCCAUCCCCGAGGGUGUGGAGCAGGAGAUCUACUUUAAGGUCUGCCGAGACAACAGCAUCCUGCCACCACUCGACAAAGAGAAAGGAGAGACUCUGCUCAGCCCUCUGGUGAUGUGUGGACCUCACGGCCUCAAGUUCCUGAAGCCUGUGGAGCUACGCUUACCUCACUGUGCGUCUAUGACCCCUGAUGGUUGGUCUUUUGCUCUAAAAUCCUCCGACUCCUCGUCGGGUGACCCAAAAAGCUGGCAGAACAAGUCUCUCCCUGGGGACCCAAACUACCUGGUGGGAGCCAACUGUGUUUCUGUGCUCAUUGACCACUUUUAAGGACGGCCCAGCAGGUGUGAUGUUACUGAAUGUCAAACCAUGGGGAACAAAAUGAAGAUUACAGACUCCUCCACAUGCACACACACACACACACACACACAUGCACACACUCGAACACACUUACACACCAUGCUACACCACACAACAAAGUAUGAAGAAGCUUCAGCCCCAUGGAAGAAGGAAGAAAACUCUCCCCUAUUUGACAUUUUGACAUAAAAUUGAACAUUUCUAUAUAUAUAUAUAAAAAAAACUCUUUAACCAUUGUUGGAAUGCAUGCCCUAUGUCACUGAGGAAUGAUACACUAAAUAUAUGUAAGCCAAUGUCAUCUUUCCAUAAAUAUAGAUGGAUGGAUGGGUUUUGAGGCUUGUACCACUGAAGUACAUACUUAAAAUCCAUGUAGGUGUAUUUAUGCUAUAUAUGCAUACAGUAUAUAUAGUAGUAUAGAUAUAAUUUUCAAUUUACUGAAAUUUUAAGGAAUUACUUUACCAGUCUACAUCUGUUAUGUUACAGUUCUGACUGACUAUACAGUAACUAUACAAGAUAUCAUCACAUUUCCACAUUACUUUUCACUGAGGGAACUUUAAUGAAGGUCUGAGGUAGGUGGCGGAGAUAAUUGGUAGUGAUUAAGUCAACGACUGCAAUAUUUGCAAGUGUCUGGUGCAGAUAUGUCGCUAUGAAGGUGUUGUCAUAACGUGAGCUGGAUAUGAAGCCAAGCAGCAUGCUUUGAGAACAGUUCCUCCUUGCUCUUUCUUCCUUCCUCCCUUCGUUCUUUCCUCCCUCACUUCCUUCCUUCCCUCCUUCUACCCCCCUACGGUGAUAUUCUUUGGCUCCUUCCAGCCCUGAGGGAGAUCUAUGCAUGUGCUUUACUCAGGUCCAGUAACCUGCUCAGUUCUUCCUCACCUCUCUCUUUCUCUCUCUCUUUCUUUCUCUCGCUCUCUCUCUUUCUCUGUCUCUGUGCACUCUCGCACUCACACACAAAUAAGCAGUGAUGCCUUAUCUGCAGAUUAUUCAGUUUUUUUUCAGUAAGGAAAAAAAAAUAACUAAGUUAUGAUAAAUUAUGGUAAAAUGAAGUUUGUUUUCUUUUGCCAUUUUGUGAACCCACUGUAUAAAUGAACUUGGGUUUGGCACAAAAGAACAGUUGAUAAAAGGAUAACAAAGGUAUGCUCUCUUUUUUCUGCUAUGCAUAUUACUUCAGAAAAAAAGAAAGAAAAACAAAAAGAAGUGGCUGUAAAUAACGCUAGCACAUUGCCUUGGUUCUUUGUUUGUAAAUGAACUUUUUGUAUGUCUUUGUUUUUUGUAAAAAAUAAAAAUAAAAAAAUAGAGAAAACAUGUUUUAAAAAGUGACAGAAAGUGAACGUGGUUAUCUUUGUAUUCUGAAUAUACCCUCAAGCCUUGGAACUUGUAACCUAACAGUAAUACAUCCACCUUUUCUACCAAUAUAUCUCACUAUAUAAUGGUCACAAAAGGUCUUUUUAUGGUUAUUUACUGAUCAGGAAAAGUGCUUGGGUUAAAUACAUUUAAAAACGUUCUUUUAAAAAGGGUGUGCUCUGAAAGUGUCCCCCUCAUUGAUUUGUGAUACUGGAUGCUGUAUUGUGUGCCCUUAAAUGUAUUUUUGUACUAAUAGACAAUAUAUUAUGUAUGGCACACCAGUACUAUUUUAUUUUUUAGAUAUAACACUGCUUUAAUUGGAUAUUAGCUCUUCACGUGUGGCUGACUUUUUUUUUUCUCCUCUGCGACACAAUUUUAAGUAUACCACUGUAUUAAUGAAUAAAAUCAUUUUUAAAUUAAA